CAAGGGUUAACUGAGGCGGCGAGGGCUGCACGUGAUUGGAUUUUUGGGCGGUUAUGUCACGAAUAUCUGAAACCUCUUGCCCCAAAAGAUGUUAUUUAGUAAACAACCCGCCCAUUUCAGUGACAGGGUGCAGGGGGAGAGGGGAGAGAGAGCGAGAGCGAGAGCGAGAGAGAGAGAGCGAGGGCACGGGUACGGUGGACGAUGAGACAGGAGCAGGGGCCCGGCGAGAUGAUGAUGGAGUCGCGGCUGUGUGCACCGUUCUGCACCCCCUCCAGCCGGCACCUCGCCCACCCCGAGCCCGGCCUCAUGGCCUUCUACUCCCGGGACAAACUUCAGGACGCGCACGGUGCCUGGGGAGGCUGCUGCAGGGGCGACAGGGGAACGGGGGCCCGAGAUUACCUGUCCGGGGAUACUCAGCGCCGGCCAGCGGCGGACAACACGCCCAAGUAUGAGGGCGCGGCCGCACAUCGGGCAGCGCAGGCGGACGGCGGUACCGAGGCACUGAAUGUCAAGGUUUCAAAAGCCAUUGACUAUCAUCUUAUGGAUUCUGUUCACCAAGACCCGCUGAAAGUCUGUGCGAAGCUGAAAGAUUCCCCAGGGAAUGAGAUUGCAAGUGAGCGGAGUGAGGGAGAGACCGGCAGCAAAAACAAGAAGAGGCGGAACAGGACCACGUUCACCAGCUAUCAGCUGGAGGAGCUGGAGAAGGUGUUUCAGAAAACUCACUAUCCAGAUGUGUAUGCUCGAGAACAGCUGGCUCUAGGCACUGAGCUGACGGAAGCCAGGGUCCAGGUUUGGUUUCAAAACAGAAGAGCCAAAUGGAGGAAACGGGAACGCUACGGAAAAUUCCACGAAGUCAGAAACCAUUUUGCUGCAGCAUAUGAUAUCUCAAUCUUUCCUCGGCCAGACAAUUACCCUCAGAUACACAACAACCUCUGGGCCAGCACUGCAACAAACACUGCCACGGUGUCUUCACCUCUACUGUCCCAGCAACCCAUGUCUUCAUCUUGCAUGACACCGUAUUCACACUCCCAUGGGAAUGUCGGUGGGUUUAUGGGCAUCUCCAGCGCUCCGACUCACCAUAGUGGCAUCAAGAGUCUUUAUUCCCUUCACGGAUUCCCCAGCUCACGUGCCAGCCACGCCUUUGAAUCGGUGCCUGAAUCUGACUACAAAACGCCCAGUCUUGUUGCUCUUCGAGGGAAGCCAAAGGAGCCGCCGGCUUUCCUUUCAUGGGAUGGCAAGAGAUGAUGCCUUUGACUCAAGUUUUUUUUCAUCACUGAACAGUUUCUCUCUACUAUUAUGCUUUUAAUUAUAAAUAAUUGCCUGAGUUACUUCAUGACUCACUGCAGAAGGUGGAGAGUCAAUGUGUCAUUUCCAGACGCAUGUGGCGACGAUUUCAGAAGGACGUUUAUCUUCCGCAUUGAUAUCAAGAUUAUCCCCUCUAGUGUUGGUGCCUAAACCAAGACAUUAACUCCUUGAAAGUGCCAUUAUUACAAAUACUACCAUCAACAGCAAUUUGCAGAAGAGAUGUGCAUGGAGUUUUGAUUUUUUAUGAAGCUGUGCGAAUGUUAUUGGCUUCGAUCCUUGUAUGCCUACGAACAGAAAAUUAAAUUUAAUUUAAAGAGCUCAAA